CUCCUGAAGUUCAGCCGUGAAACUCGGCUGCCAGGGGAGCCGAAGUCACCCUACGAAGGUGUCUGAGCCAUACUGGACCCCUCCAGGGAGCCACGUGUGCCCAGCUGGGGCACUGCCCCAGCUGAUGCCCCACAGGGGUCCCCCGUCUCAAGAGGGACUCUGGACCCUGCCCUGCCUCCUCAUGGCGCAUGAGCCAGAGCCUGAGACUGAUGGACUGUUAGACCUCAGCUUCCUGACAGAAGAGGAGCAGGAGGCCAUUGCCGACGUCCUGAAGCGAGAUGCCCGCCUUCGCCAGUUGGAGGAGGGCCGGGUCAGCAAGCUCCGGGCCUCGCUGGCAGACCCCGGGCAGCUGAAGAUCCUGACGGGAGACUGGUUCCAGGAAGCGCGCUCACAACGGCACCACCAUGCCCACCUUGGCUCUGACCUUGUCCGAGCCUCUAUCCGCAAAAAGAAGAGCUCCAGGGGAGACCAGGCUCCAGGCAGCGAUAGGGAGGCUGAGGCUGCGGCUGCUGAAGAAGAAACUGAAGAGGAGCUGGAGCCCAGGCUCCCCACGGACGAGGCCCCCCAAGAGAUGCUCAGCAAGGCUGAGGAACCUGAUUCUCCCUCACCAUAUGACCCCCUAAAGACUUCAGAGCAUGAGGAAGAGCCCCAGUACUCCGUCCCGCAGGCCGAGCUCCGGGGCCGCGUGCUGAGCCUAUCCGUGUGGCACCGCGAAAGCCUUGGUCGCAACAUCUUUCUGGGCGAAGUCGAAGUGCCUCUGGACACGUGGGACUGGGGCUCUGCAUCCACCUGGCUCCCCCUGCAGCCCCGGGUCCCGCCCUCUCCCGACGACCUUCCCAGCCGCGGGCUGCUCUCUCUGUCGGUCAAGUACGUCCCCGCCGGCUCCGAGGGCGCGGGACUGCCCCCCAGCGGGGAGCUGCACUUCUGGGUGAAGGAAGCUCAGGGCCUCGUGCCGCAGCGCUCAGGAACCCUGGAUUCCUACGUACAAUGUUCAGUGCUGCCUGAUGACAGCCGGGCCAGCCGCCAAAGGACAAGGGUGGUGCGACGCAGCCUUAGCCCUGUGUUCAACCAUACCAUGGUUUAUGAUGGCUUCGGGCCUGCUGACCUGCGCCAGGCCUGUGCUGAGCUCUCCCUCUGGGACCAUGGGGCCCUGGCCAGCCGCCAGCUGGGGGGUACACGCCUCAGCUUGGGCACAGGCAGCAGCUAUGGGCUGCAGGUGCCCUGGAUGGAUUCCACACCAGAGGAGAAGCAGCUGUGGCAGACACUCCUGGAGCGACCAUGCGAGUGGGUGGAUGGCCUUCUGCCACUCAGAACCAACCUGGUCCCCAGGACAUAGUUCUCCUAUAAGCCACC